UUCACUCCAAUAAAUUCACGGGGCGCGUAUCGGUUUGGAUCUGUGAACCCACGGUAUUUUAAUAGGUUUGCAAGUGACGACUCAUUUAAGAAAAUUGUGACCAAAACGGCCGACGAACUCGCUAACGGGAUCAAAAAGAGUUUGGAGGAACUUGAAGUGGAUCAUGACCCUUCCCAUGCAGAACAACGGCCGCAUACAAACGUUGAGCUUUCUCAGUCUUUAACUCCUCUCUUCUGUGACGUUACUUCACAAUCAAGCAAGCGAUCGGGACACAAUAGGGAGGAAGGAAGUUAUAGGAAAAGUAUACAGAAGAGGUGCAACGAAUGUCAACUAGAUAAUAAGGCACAUUUAAUUUCCAUCGACAAUUUAAUCCUCCCUCCAAAGAAAAGACAGAUAAGAGAAGUAGACACCGCCUUCCUUGAGCAGUUGAUUAAAAACAUGAGUGAGCAACCCUCUGGGAAUUAUGAAGCGCUGUUUGUCUUGGCAAAAGGAAUUACCAAGAAAGACCAGUUUGAGUUGGAAAAGAUAAAUGAAUAUAAAUAUGAAGUUCUCGGUGGAACUCAUGUUGUCUUGGCUACGAAACAUCUUCGUGAGAAAUUUCCUCACGACGCCAACUACAGCGGAAGGGUGGCCAGGAUAUAUGUUGGGCUCAAUGAUGAAGAAGCCUUGUGGUUAGGAGCCAUGCACAAUCAAACUGGGGCAUUUCGUCACGAGCUCACGUACAGGAAUGAGGUUGAGAUUUGUCGCACCCAAUUAUUCCUGCCAGCGGAAGACUAUUCAGGUGAUCCACCAACCCCUCCUGAAGCGUGGAGAGAGAAGUGUUCGAGUCUGCUUAAAAAAUCGGUAAGAUUGUGAAAAUAUA